AUGUCAUUCAGGAUAUUAUUUAUCUUGGGAAUAUGGGCGAUAAGCCCCAUCAAAGCUCAAACUAGUAAUGCUACGUGUGUUAGAUCAGACAAAAAUGAAUGGUUAUUCAAUAGUGUGGAUGAAUCACCAUGUCUAGUUUGGUCAAAAUUACAAUCCCUCUGUUUACCUUCAGAUUCAUAUAUAAACGUUCCACCUUUACUUGAUCCUUCAUGGGGUUAUAACGCCCCAGGAGAUGAAGGUACUAUAUGUCAAUGUAAUUCUUUAUCUUAUAGUCUUAUGGCAGGAUGUACAUGGUGUCAACUUGGUGAUUCAGGUGGUUGGGCGUCGGAAUCAACUUGGAAAUCAUCUUGUCCUUCUUGGACUGAACAAGGACUAAACUUUGCGGAAAAUGUAGUUUCUUUACCAACAUACAUAUUCUCACCACUUCCUUCACCUUCAGAUUCAUGGUCCCCUUCAUCAGCAUCAUCAUUCGCACAAACGUAUACAGCCACGAACAUACCUACUUAUUCUCUCACAUUAUCUCGAUCUUUCUCUACUCCUACUCCUAACCCCACUCAACCUAUCCCUUCAUCAGGAAUCAAUUCCAAACCCGGAACCUCUUCCACAAACUCCUCUUUGGCAGGAGGAAACAAUGAUGGUAGUGGAAAGGGGAAUGGAGAUGGAUUUAACGUUUCUAAAUGGGGUCCAAUAGUUGGAGCCGUAUUUGGUUCUUCAUUAGUUUUAGCUUCUCUUUUAGCUUUAAUCUUAAGAUGGCGUAAACGACAUCCUUCUUCUUCUUCUAAACCUCUUCCUUCAUCUAAAAUUCCUCCUUCCUCUUCCAACAACGAUUUCGGGGAAAAAAAUAAAGAUAAAUAUCUUAUUCAAUCAGAUUCAGAAUCACAAUUAGGUUAUCCAAGAUCAUCCAAUUUGAUAGAAAAACAAAGACAAAAUACUUUUGAAAAAACUUACAACCAAAAGAAGAAGAAUCAACCGAAAAGAGGAAUAACAAGAAGACUCACAAAAGGAAUAAGAAGUACUUUAUUCGGUGAUCCUACUUCUUUCUUCGCCUCAAGACCCGCUCCUAAUCCCGACACGAAAACUCGACGGAAAACAGGUAGUGAAGAAAGUUUCGGUGCCCAUGAACCUGUUUUAUCUUCAUUACCAGGUGAUUAUGGAGGUUAUACAGAUUCUCCAUUACCAAUGUCAGCUUUGAAACCUUCAGAAUUCCCACAUAAACAAGGUUCCAUAAGAUCUUUUGGUAAAAGGGAAUCAAAUAUGAUACUUGAACAGGAAAGAGAUGAAGCAAAGAUGAGGGAAUGGAAUGAUCCUCCUGCUUUCACAGGAGUAGACUUCACAAAAACACCAGCUCAUGUUGGAUUUGAAGGAGGUGCUGAGAUUGUUACUUUAUCAAAAUUGUACAAUACCCCAUUAGAAGUUAGAGUUUCGAGUGAAAGUGGGGAUUCAAGAAGAUUAGCCGACGUUCCUGAUGGUCCUGAAGAUCAAGAUCAUUGGGAUGAACAAGAUGAAUGGGAAAGAGAAAAUGAUCAAGUGAAUGGGGGAGAUGGUUAUUGGGAAGAAAGUAGAGAGAGCAGGAUAGAAAGAAGACCAUUUUCAGAUACGGCACCGACAUUACCGAGUUUAUACGAACCUCAGACUGGAGCUGAAAGAUGGACUUUGACAAAUGAACAAAUGCCUUCGAGAUUGACUCAGUUGAGUGGAUAUCCAGUCAGGAUAGGUUUGGAGAGUCCGAAUAGUCGAUAUCCCGAGACGGAGAGGAAUAGUCGGGUGGAUAGGAUAGAAAUGCCUGAUUUACCCAGGGGAAUCAGUGAUGAUUGA